GCUAAUCAAAAUGGACACAGCAACUAAUUCUCCUCGGUUUUGAGUAGACAUGAAUUUGACGAACAGUAUAGUCAACCUGCAUCACAAAAUCUCCAAGGCCUGCGGAUCACCCAAAUAAGCUUUGCAGAUGUGGAGGUAGGCUAUUGGUUUACGUUCUAAAGAAAUAGGAUGAUGCCAGUCUUUUUUUUAUUUUAUUUUUUUUAUUAAAAACGUAAAUCACAAGUAACCUGUGCUAGAAAUAUUAGUUUACCCUUAUUUUUUUUAUUUUUUUGCUAUUUAUCAUGCGUUAUGACAUUCUUACAAAAACAGCCAUAUUUGUUCUUCUCUUACUUUAAAACAGACUUGAAAUAGUGAGCAAGGCUGUUCUUAAGAUAAUCGACUAUUCUUUCAGGAGAGUGCAGGCGACUCGUCAGGGAGUGGGUCGCUGUUAUUGUUGCCCUGCCUCACCUUCCCCCAUCCUCGAGAUCAGUCGGUGUACACAACUGUAUACAUCAUUUUAACGUAAUAUGGCAAAUGAAUCUCUUGAGAAUGACAAAGCAACGGCUGCAACCGGAAACUCGAGAAUUGCAAACCUCACAUCAUCUAUGGAUCUCAGCACAUCGUUAGAUUUAAGUGUUCAAACUAGAAUAUUUAAGAUUAUAGUAAUCGGGGAUUCAAAUGUCGGCAAGACCUGUCUCACAUUCCGCUUCACCGGGGGAAGCUUUCCUGAGAAGACAGAGGCGACGAUCGGUGUGGAUUUCAGGGAGAAAGCCGUCGAGAUAGAGGGCGAAAAAAUUAAGGUACAAGUGUGGGACACGGCAGGUCAGGAGCGCUUCAGAAAGAGCAUGGUGGAACACUACUACCGCAACGUCCACGCCGUGGUCUUUGUUUACGAUGUCACCAAGAUGGCCUCCUUCCAGAACCUAAAGACCUGGAUCCAGGAGUGCAACGGGCAUCGGGUCUCAUCGGCUGUGCCACGCGUCUUAGUGGGCAACAAAUGCGAUCUGACAGAGCAGAUCCAGGUGCCCUCCAACACAGCCCUCAAGUUUGCAGACGCCCACGGAAUGCUGCUGUUUGAGACGUCGGCAAAAGACCCCAAGGAAAGCCAGAAUGUGGACUCUAUCUUUAUGUGUCUGGCGUGCCGCCUUAAGGCCCAGAAGUCCUUGCUCUAUAGGGAUGUGGAGAGGGAGGACGGCAGGGUGAGGCUCUCGCAGGACACACAAGAUGUGAAAAACAACUGCCCCUGUUGAGGAGGAGGGUGUGUGUGUGCGGGGGGGGGGGGGGAGGGGGGUACUGUACUAUGUGGAGGUUCCACUGCCCUGCACUGUGAAACCCUUGCUGCCAUGGCUACACUUCCUAUUUCAGUAUUACCCCCUCUGACUUGAAUGGAACAAUCUGACCGUUCCAUGAACAGCGUCAAAGAGAGAUGGUACUAACAUUAGUGUCUCUGAAAAGAAUGUGCCUGCAGUUACAGUAUUUCCGUUUAAUUUAAAUGAAACUGAAUUAAGUCUACUGAUUUUUCUUCACCCUUUAACCUUAUUCAGUUUUAUUAUGGCUUUUGUUUGUGCUGAUGAUGCAGUGACAUGGAAAGUUUUUCUUUGCUUUCAGUUUCUACUAAAGCCUUAAGAGAGGUCAUCUAGUUGUUAUAAAAAUGUUAUUUAUUAACCUUUUGAGUUGAACAUUUACAUUUUUGCUAUCAGUAUUGCAGUUUCACAGACUAUACUGUACCACAUAAUAAAAGGGACUCCUCAGAAUGUGCAACAUUUGACUUUCAUCACUAACAUAUCUGUGCAGUGAUUCACAGGGAGUUGUAGUCUUUUUCCAUAUUAUCUGUCAUCUUUGUCAUUUGUUUUCAUCAUUAUAACAUCACCGAUACUCUUGAUAACCCUGCUGUAUGGCUAAUCUCGUGGGUCCGGAAGCAAUUUUCCUAUUUCUGUUUUUGUUCAAGCUAAUCAUAUUCCCUCUUCCUAAUGCCUACUGGAGUCUUUUCUGCUUGCAGGUCUUGCAGGUCUACCUGUCUUGGGAGUUCUCUGUUCACUUAUUGUAUCAUCCAUCAUAUUCCAGACUCGAAGGCCUCUCAAAAUCAAUGUGACUUCUGUAUCUGGCUAAAAAAUUAAAUAUUCAAUAAGACGUGUC